AAGAGAGGCCAGCAACUGGAUAGCGUUAUCGAGCAUGUCAUCGGUAGUGCAGAGAAUAAUCUUCCACAGCGCAUCUACGGAACCUCCGCAAAUGACCCGGCGGAGCCGGCCCAAAUGUUCUGCGGAAUUUGCAGUGAAUUGUCUGCUCAGACAGCUGAUCAAAACAUUCGCAAGCUGUCAGAGCGCCACAUUACCAAAUCAAGUUGUUAUGGUCUGAUACUCCUUAGUACAAUGGAUGGCAGAAGAACAUUGCCACACAAGCUGAGACUCUCAAUGUUUC